AUGGCUUGGCGUAAGAAUAAAAAAGCUCAAAAUAUUAUCAUUGUUACGAGUGCAUUGAUUCUACAAGAUAUUAUUUUCGAUUUUGCAUUUGUAAUAUUUAAUGGUAAAGAUGUACCCAAACUUUUUAUUCCCAGUUUACUCACACUAAUAAUUCCAAUCGUCAUGAAUUGCACCGUCGCUUUUUACGUAAUCCUAUCGGAAAAUUCACGAAACGACAAAUUUAAUUCCUGGUUCCGAAGGUAUCCACAAAUUGCUGCAGCGGCUACUUUGUUUGCCAGUGGCGAUAUCGUUAUAUUGAAUGUACUUACUUCACAAGUGGCAGGCCUGCUAGCUUUUUCUGCUACGUUUUCCGAACGUGCCGAGGCCAUUAUAUUUAUAACGAGCAUAUUGAAUUUGAUUAUUAAUCAUAUUCCGCAGUUUAUUAUACGGAUUUUCUAUUGGCAAAAUGUUGUCGAAUACGAUGUAAUUCCAUUGAUUGCGUCAUGGACCAGUGCAUUAGUCUUAUUGGAUACUUUAAUCAGUCGACUAUAUCAUGGUGUAACACAAUAUCAGAAAAGAAAAAGAUUAAAUUCUGAAUAUAGCAUAGCGAUUAGUCAAGAUACAUAUGAAACAAAUGUAAAAUUUGCCGCUAUUAUAUAA